CGUGGCCCGCAGUGCAUUAACAACAAUGAUACUAUCUAUCUCCACGACUAUAUUCCAAAAUCCACAGUGGAGAGCAAAAUCAAGCCCCAAAAUGCAGGCACAAGCUUCCGCAAUGAUGCCGUCGUGAUCGAUACGGUGCCAACUCCGGAUUCGCUCCAAUGUGGCGUCGACGUUCACCUUGAAACUUUCAGGCGGCAUUGCUUUGGCUCCCUGAAGGAGGCGCGGUUGAUCCCGUGGUUGCCGUCGUGGCCGGUGCUUGUGCGGCGAGGUACUCCACCCAUCGGCGUGGGACUCACAAGCAGGAGCUUCUGGACACUACAUACAAAUUGGGCCAAAUGCCUAAAGUGGAACAUAGGUCCAAAUGGCCCAAAAGGCCCAGACGGCCCAAAAGGCUCAAACGGAACACAAGCACAGACUACUCCAGUCCCCACUUACCUGCUCCGCUGCUCGGCUGCUCGGCUGCACGCAGACCACUGUUAGGUUUUCUAUUUUCUCUCAAUUCCUUCUCUUCUCUUAUUCUCCCAAUAUAUCUUUGACCCUUUCAUCUUCUGUUCUCAGCACCGUAAUCUCCGGCGACGCAGAUUGUAUUCCCACCGGUGGCGUUAGCUUCUUCUCCAUCUGCGGCGACGAAUUCUCAACUAUUCACGGCUGUAUCAUCUUCUUCUUUCGGGGCACAACUAUGGCUGGUAAAGCUGAAGGUAGUGAUCACAGGGAGCCAGUUAAUGAACAAGCAGUUGCGAAUAUAUAUGCGGCAAUGAGGUCUGAACUCAACCAAAUUCACUCGAAAAUCACCGAGCUGGAAAUGGAAGUUAGCGAGCACUCGCUGGUAGUUAAUGCCAUUCAGCCGCUCGAUCCCUCUAGGCGAUGCUAUCGAAUGAUUGGGGGUGUUCUGGUCGAGAGGACUGUGAAGGAGGUCUUGCCUGCGGUGCUGCGCAACAAAGAGGGACUUGAAGAAGUUAUUAGCAGGCUCAAUGAAGCAUUGGAAAAGAAGAAAAAGGAGAUUGUUGAGUUUGAGGCUAAAUAUAAAAUCAGGAUAAGGAAGGCUGAUGCAGAGGUGAAGGAUGAAUCGGGUAGGAAGGAAGGCACUGCUCAAGGCGUUCUUGUUGGCCCUGCAGGUGGAAGUGAAGCAUAGAUCAGGCCCUAUGACUGUGUUUGGGUACCUAAUGAUAAAUGGAGUGGGGUGAAUGAAGUGGAAUAAAAUUAAAAUUAAAGUUUUACUUGUGGAAGGUAUUCCAUGAAGAUGAUUCCAUAUAUCCUUGAUUUGAGAAAUAAGCAACUCCUUCCUCCUUCCUCCUUCCUCCUUCCAUAUUCAAGGUGCAAUUGUGCAACAGGAGAUUUUGCUUGAUGUGCUCUCUAGUACUUCUGUUACCAUAUCUCUUGAAAGCCAGGUUGUGAAAUCAUGUUUCUCGCAAUAUCAACCCCAUGUCCUCUUGUAUUUUUGUUUGGGACUACAUAGCCAAGAUCUGUAUGAAGCUAUAGUUUGAAGAUAAUUCCGAGUGAGGAGUCUAAAUGAAGCAACCUAUAGAGGUGUCUUUUUAGCCUUGCAUCUGGUGUCAGGUAGCCUAUUCGAGCUUAGUUUAAUUGAUUCUCCAUUGUUUAACAAUUUGGCUAGAUUGAUUCUCCAUUGUUUAACAGUUUGGCCUGUUCCGAUUUCGGAGUCAAGCUGGCCACUUCAUUUUUUCAGUCCACAAGAAUCUGUCUCUAUUUGUGUAGGAACUUUAGUUUGGUUGAUUUACUAAUGUGGUUAAACAGUUUGAAUCUACAUUGUGGUGUAAGAGUUUCGUAUAUUGGAUGAGAAACUGAAGCUCUUUGCAUUUAACAAUCAUACUCUAAGAUGAUGCAUGUAUCCGAUUGUGUCUAUUGAUGAUCUUGUCAUUACCAGCACGAUGAUUAAGCGUCUAGAAAUACUUCAUAUUCUAUUGCAUGUUUGAAAGCUUUAUACUCUGAGGAAAGGUUUUGGACGAU